GUUUGAAUUGGGUGGCGGUUAGCCAUCGCCGGCGCAGCGAGGUUUUUCUCAGCUCUUGUUUUGCGCCCGCAGCCUCCGCCGAAGCGCCAUGGCUCCUAGGAAGGGCGGCAGUCGGACGGCCAAGACCAACUCCUUACGGAGCCGGAAGCUGGCCUCCUUUCUUAAGGACUUCGACCGUGAAGUGGAAAUACGAAUCAAGCAAAUUGAGUCGGACAGGCAGAACCUCCUCAAGGAGGUGGAUAACCUCUACAACAUCGAAAUCCUGCGUCUCCCCAAGGCGCUGCGCGAGAUGAACUGGCUCGACUACUUUGCCCUUGGAGGAAACAAACGGGCCCUGGAAGAGGCAGCAACAGCUGACCUGGAUAUCACUGAAAUAAACAAACUAACAGCAGAAGCUAUUCAGACACCCCUGAAAUCUGCCAAAACACGUAAGGUAAUGCAAGUGGAUGAAAUGAUAGUGGAAGAGGAAGAAGAAGAAAAUAAAUGUAAGAAUCCUCAAACCACAAGAGUCAAAAGGUGUCCUCCAUCCAAGAAGAGAACCCAGUCCAUACAAAGAAAAAGCAAAAGGAAAAGGUCAAGCCGUGGUAAUAUUAUUACCCCAGCUAUGGGCCGAAUGGAGAUGUCCAUGGUAAAACCAACUCCAGGCCUGACACCCAGGUUUGAUUCCAGGGUGUUCAAGACCCCUGGCCUGCGGACUCCAGCAGCAGGAGAGCGGAUUUACAAUAUCUCCGGGAAUGGCAGCCCUCUUGCUGACAGCAAAGAGAUCUUCCUCACCGUGCCAGUCGGGGAUGGAGAGAGCAUGCGAUUACUAGCCAGUGACUUGCAGAAGUUCGAUAUUGCACAACUGGAUCCAGAGGCCUUGGGGUCCAUCAAGAAGCUCUCCAGCCGUCUUGCCCAAAUGUGCAGCAGCAUACGGACCCACAAGUGAAAAGCCAAACUUGACCAGAUGGACUUUGAAUGGGCACUUCUGGGACCCUGAAGAGAAUUCUUCCCUUCGGGCUUACUGUUUGUUUGUGUGUGAAGUUCCAAAAUAGGGAGCAGACUCCUCUGGGGGAUUCAGAAAGGGGGAAACACACAUGAAAUCCCACAUCGGGUAGAUAAAGCUUUGCUGUUUGGCCCCCCAACCCAAGUGACCCCAGGCACUGCUUGCUAUCUGUGUCCAUGCAGUGGGAACUUCCAUUCUCCCAGCUGAAUUCUCCCUGCUCUCUGAGCUGCUUCCUUUCGCCUCCUGUAACUCAGCAUCCAUUUGCCCUGCCCUACCUGCAAUGGAAGUGGUGUGAAAGAACCCAUGUUCUCAGGAAGACCACCUACCUACCCUCUGCAUCUGGUAUUUCUGCUCCUUGUAUGCUUAUGCUUGGGGUUUUACACUUGGGCCAUGAGAGGGCAGGUCCAAGAAGUGGGGUGGAGGGCACUAUGCAGAGUGGAGCAGGAGAGGUCUUAACAUUGACCUCAGCAGAACACACAUGUCCACUCCAACAGCCACCCCUACCCCCCUUCUCUUGUCAAGGGUGCUAAAUGGGCUUUGUGGUCUUUCACCUGUUGUGUCUAGUUCUGUCCAAGAUGACUUGUUACAUAGUGUUUUAUGUUUUUCCCUAUUUACUGAAGACCAAAAAUUGGUUUGUAAACAGUAUCCACGUCUUGUUUCUCUACCUCCCUAGUUAGUGGGAAUUUGGAUAAAGGAAUUGUAGGGCUUAGAUUCCAGGGGGUUUUAUGUGAUUACCUACAGAGUAAUCACCUCUAAGCUACUCCAUGGUCCCUGCACAUCUGCAGAUUCUGCCAAGAGCACUUCUCUCUUACGGGGUUCAUGCCCCGGGGGAGGGGGAACUUGUCCGGUGGCCUCAUUCACUAAACUGUCUCGUGUUUAGCAUGGACUCACUAUGAGGAGUCAGCAGUGAGAUCCCUGUGCUCCAGGCUCGAGGGCACAUGGCUUUCUCAUGUGUGGCUCUUUGCUGUGUUUGGUACUGUUUUACAAUGAAACCAAUCUAGUAACUCAGUCCAAUGAAUUUGAGUUGUUUUAUUCUUUCUGUGAGAUAUUUGUACAUAUUGUUUAUCUGAGUAAUGGUAUCUCUAAGCUGAUUUGUUCUAAUCAGAGCUACUGAAAGGAGCUAACGUUCAAUAAAGUCGGUUUUGUGUUUUCUUUUAUAAUCAGUAUUCACUUUGCCUGUCUCAUCCAAGCUGUGCCCCAUGGACUCUGGGGACUCUGGAGCUGAAGUGACUGGGGCCAGGGUCUUUGGAUGGCUACUUUCCUCCGAAGAUGUGAAAAUCUAACUUCAGGCAGGAUCUCUCUGAUAUCUG